AGUACCCAUCACACUGCUACUCAGUUAUCUUCUCCUCCUCCUUAUUCCCCUUCUUCAGCUAACACGGCAAGCUGCACUAAUGGCGGUUCCAUCACGAGGUCAUCCUCGUCCGGCUUCUACAUUUCCCCGCCUUUUGCUCGUUGUGGCUUUGGCGUCAGUAUUGCUCCCAGAGUGCAGCUUGGUGCACGGAGCUCGAGUCAGAUUCGAGACCGGGUCAGUUGGAGGAGAUGUUUCUUCUUCCAACAGGAGGUAUCUGCUGGAAAAUGGCCUUGGUCUAACUCCUCAAAUGGGGUGGAACAGCUGGAAUCACUUCCAAUGUAACAUUAACGAGCAACUCAUCAAGGAAACUGCGGAUGCAAUUGUGUCCAGUGGCCUUGCCGCAUUGGGUUAUCAAUACGUUAAUUUAGAUGAUUGCUGGGCUGAACUCAACCGAGAUUCUCAGGGAAAUAUGGUUCCAAAAGCUGCAACAUUCCCUUCAGGGAUCAAGGCUCUAGCAGAUUAUGUGCACAGCAAAGGGCUUAAGCUUGGUACAUACUCCGAUGCCGGAACACAGACUUGCAGUAAGACAAUGCCAGGAUCGCUUGGGCACGAAGAACAAGAUGCGAAAACCUUCGCUAUGUGGGGGAUCGACUACUUGAAGUAUGAUAACUGCGAAAACACAGGCACCAGCCCCAAGGAAAGGUAUCCUGUAAUGAGCAAAGCAUUGCAGAAUUCGGGUCGAAAAAUAUUCUUCUCUCUAUGUGAAUGGGGACAGGAAGAUCCGGCAACAUGGGCCCCGGCUGUUGGUAACAGUUGGAGAACGACUGGGGACAUACAGGAUAAUUGGAACAGCAUGACUUCGAUUGCAGAUCAAAAUGACCAAUGGGCAUCUUAUGCUAGACCCGGUGCUUGGAAUGAUCCCGAUAUGCUUGAAGUAGGAAACGGAGGCAUGACCACGGAGGAAUACCGAUCCCACUUCAGCAUUUGGGCAUUAGCAAAAGCCCCGCUGCUGGUCGGAUGCGAUGUGAGAUCUAUGGACAGUACCACCUUUGACUUGCUUAGCAACAAGGAGGUCAUUUCGGUCAAUCAAGAUAGUCUUGGAGUUCAAGGGAAGAAAGUGAAGAAGGAUGGAGAUCUUGAGGUUUGGGCUGGUCCUCUAACAGGAAACAGGGUAGCUGUUGUAUUAUGGAACAAAGGAUCUUCGUUAGCGAAUAUCACAGCGUAUUGGUCUGACAUCGGCCUCCAAUCAUCAACUGUGGCCGAUGCCCACGACUUGUGGGCGCACUCGACUCAAUCAUCUCUACAAGGGCAAAUCUCAAGUCAGGUGGCAUCUCAUGCCUGCAAGAUGUACGUUCUCACACCAUAGUAAGAGUCCCAGCCGCGAGAUGGAAAACGAUACUUUGCCAGAAAAUUAGCCUCAACUUACACCAAUAUGCUCUCCUAUGCAAUAGUUUACAUCUAAUAUGUAAUGUCAUGCCUAAAAAGUAAGGCACGUAUACUUUCCUGUUAGUUAUUCAUGUAGCAGGCUAAAUAAAUCUAAAUAAAACUUUUAAUUACCAAGUAUUUUCGGUAAUAUUUGCCAAUA